AGCCUGAGCGCCGGGAUGGCGGUGGCGGGGGUGCUGGUGCUGGCGCGGAGCGUCCGCAUGACAACAAAGUUCACAAGUGCUCUGGAUAUACCUGUGGAGUUUGUCACAAAGAAUGUGAAACUGAGGGGGAAAUUACAUCACAUCACGGAGAAAGGUCUGGAGGUUGAACACAUUCCCAUCAGCAUUCCUCUCAUCACAUCCAUACAGAGAAAAUGGCAAUCCAAAGGUCUUCUGCUGGUGAAGCUUGCUGGAGUGGAGUGGGCUCCCAGUGGCAUGGCCUGGUUACAGCAGGAGCUGAAACCCAAACAGAUGAUCUGGUUCCAGCUCCUGGGAAGGGAGGAGCUGGCACUCGAGUGCCUUGUGUUAGUAAAUAAGGGUCGAUUCCUCAGCGUGUGCUUGAACGAAGAGAUCUUGAGGCAAGGGCUUGGCAGAACAGUGCCUAUCAAAGGGCUGCCUCACGACUCCCACCUCCACUGGAAGCUUCACAGAAGGCUCCUUCGAGCAGAGUUGAAGGCCUUGAAGAAACACAAAGGAAUAUGGCAAGAAGAAAGCUACUAUGAAAGACUUCGAGAUCGGAUCAGCAGCAAUAGAGUGGUACAGGUGAACAGCCCUUGA